AUUGGCCAUGGAUACAGUGAAUCAGCUCUUCUUUGUGGCUUUGAGCCUGCUAGCUCAACCUCUCAAAAGUAUUCAAUAAAAACACGUGCUCUACAAUCUUCGGAACAGAACUAGUUCAUCUGUUGUUCAUGUUAUAAAUAAACCAAAAAUGGAUGGUCAAUUUGAGAGGGUUAAUUUGUACCUGCCCGAUGAUUGUCUGUUAAUGAUCUUUCAGAAGCUGCAGAACAGAGCAGACCGUAAUGCAUUUGGCUUGACAUGUCAUCGUUGGCUCCAGAUUCAAAACAUUGCUCAGCGAUCAUUGGCUCUUCAGUUCUCAUAUGACCCAAAUAUAUACAGGAACUAUGUUAUUUAUCUUCCAAGGCUUUUGACUCGUUUUCCACAUCUCAGCUCAAUAUCUCUAGCAGGGUGCACAGAGCUGCCUGAUUCAGCCUUACUAAGGUUACGAGAUUUUGGGUCAAACAUUAGGUACCUGUCAUUAUAUUGUUGUUUUGGCAUCUCUGAACAUGGUCUUGCUCAUGUCUCUACAGGAUGCCCCCAUUUGGUAUCUAUUACUCUUUACCGUUGUAAUAUUACAGAUAUUGGGUUGAGAAUACUUGCCAAACAUUGCAAAGUUUUGGAGAAUAUAGAUCUAUCUUAUUGCAUGCAAAUCUCUGAUCGAGGGAUCAAUGCACUCUCAAGUGAAUGCACUAAACUCCAUUGUCUGGUGAUAUCAUACUGCAAGGCUGUAAGAGGCAUUGGUUUUGCAGGAUGUUCAUCAACUUUAACUUAUUUAGAAGCUGACUCAUGUAUGCUUACACCAGAGGGAUUGUCAGAAGCUGUUAGUGGUGGUGGGCUUGAGUACCUGAACAUCUCUAAUCCACGAAUUUGUGUAGGUGCCGAUGGCUUGGCUAUGAUUGGUGCUGGAUCUGCCACAAAGCUUCGGUACUUAAAUCUACGGAUGUGUCGGUUCGUUAGUGAUGACUCAGUGAUAGCCAUAGCACAAGGAUGCCCAUUGCUUGAGGAAUGGAGUCUUUCUGUUUGCCAUGAGUGUUGUAUAUGCAUGGUUGUCAUCGUGUCAGUUACACGGGAUUGGAGACAUUCAAGAUGCUGAGGCAAGAUGUGCAGAUAAGAAGAGAGGGAUGUGUUUCGGUUGGGCCUCCCAUCAAUAAAUUUUUUGCUUAUUAAGGUGGCAUGCUGGGACUCUUAGAAUCUAGGGAGCAUGCAUAUUUUUACCUUCUACUUGCAUGAAAUGAUGCUGAACUUCCUGAUAAGUUUGAUUGAACAGGUAUAUAUGCUAAUGAAUGAGGUCCUAAAUCGAAAUUAUUAAUAAAAUGGUACUGAAUAUGAGCCCAUUCAUAAUUCCAA